UGUCAUUCUCAUUGAAUUGUCAGUCUAAAAAUAAUAAAAUCCUUCCAACACCGCAUUUUAUUAAAUUUCAGGAACAUCUAACUUUUAAGAACAGGAUGUCGGACGUAAAGAUCGUCGCGGCGUCGAUCGUCAGCUUCUUAAAGCAACAACUCGAAGGUUCGGAACUGAGCGCUGACAGCCGCGAGAGCGUCGAAGUCGCCGUGCAAUGCAUAGAGACUUCGUUCGAGCUUGGGGCAGCCGAUUCGGCGCGUGCUAUCGACCUGCUGGCGCUCGUGCGUAACACAAACAGCGCGGGCGCCACCGCACCGGGGCCUGUCAGUGCAGCUACCAGCGCUGUUGCUGAGCAGCUUAAGAACGAGGGUAACGAGCUAAUGAAGGCGGAGAAGCACCGCGAGGCGCUGGAACGCUACUCGCGCGCCGUGGAGCUAGACCCCCGAAAUGCUGUGUAUUUCUGCAAUCGCGCUGCCGCUCACUUCAAGCUGGGUGAGCACGAGGCGGCAGUUGCCGACUGCACCGCGGCACUCGCACUGCAACCUGACUACAGCAAAGCGCACGGCCGUCUCGGACUUGCGUUGACCGCACUCGAGCGACAUCGUGAAGCGCGCCAGGCAUACGCGCGCGCUGCGCAACUUGAGCCAGACAAUGAGUCGUACCGCCAAAACUUGCGUCUCGCUGACGAACGGCUCGCUGCGCGUGGCGAGCGUGGGCCCGUGGACCUAGGAGGGCUACUACAAAACCCUGCUUUGCUCAAUAUGGCUACAGAGAUGCUGGCGGAUCCCAACAUGCAGAAUCUUAUCUCUGGACUUAUGAGUGGCACACAAGCGCAAGGAGCAGGAACAGGUGCAGCGGGUGCUGGUGGCAUGAGCGCGUUGUUGGAGGCAGGGCAGGCACUGGCUCAGCACAUGCAGGCAGCCAACCCCGAGCUGGUGGAGCAGCUGAGGCGCCAGGUGCGCCCUCCUGGGCCCACGCCACCACAGUGAGCAACAUUACAAGCAUACACUUUGGGACUCUGAGCCAACCUGUGUUUUGUCUCUCAUGGACGGAAUGUUGCUAGCUAUAUAAUCAUUUUACUCUCCAUUCCAAAUAAAUCUACAUAAAAGGAAAUCCUCUUGGCAGCACUGCCUUUUUUAAAUUGAAAUGAUAAAUUAUGAAAUUAUAUUUCAGUGUAAAUACAUGAAUAGUAAAUAUGCCAUUUAUCAAAUUAGCAGAAAUAUUUUACAUAGAUUAAAGUCAUUGCACACACAUGCUAUAAUUUUAAUCUUAUAAAUUAAUGCCUGGGAAAACUAAAAUUUUAUGGAGUAGUUUUGUUAAUUUUGGCAAAUAUACUUUUACCAUUGACUGAAUAUGAAAGGAUCAAUGACCAUUUGUAUAGAUUUAUUGGAACAAAUCAAUCAUUAUUCAUCCACUCAGUAUCUUGUUUGGUUAUAGAAUUAAGUUAUUCUUACAGUUAGUUUUCUUUAUGGGAUGUAGAUUUUCCUUAUUUAAUCAAAUUAUUUAUUUGGUUAACCUACUUGAUAUAUGCAUUUAUUUAUAAACAAAUUAUGAAUGUUUUUCAUAGUAUCCCUGCAAUUUAGAUACUGUUCGGUUGUUUGCAAGUUGUGGAGAUAAUGGAACUUGAUCAUAAGUUUUAUGAUAGUAAUUUUAUAAUAU